AAGAACUGCUUUUGUAUGAUGAGAAGUGUAGUGUACAGUGUGCUGACAGUGGUACUGCUGCUGGUUGUGACUCAAACAGCGGGACAGAUACAUCCCGACAUCAUCGAAGAUGCUCAUCUAGAUUCGCUUGGUCUGUUGCGCAAAUAUGGAUACCCAGCGGAGGAACAUAUAAUUGAAACGGACGAUGGCUAUCUGCUCGGUGUACAUCGCUGUCCGGGCAGUCCACUGUCACCGCCAGCCCCGGGAAAGCCGGUCGUGCUACUGCAGCACGGUAUGCUGAGCUCCUCGGCCGACUACAUCCUGAUGGGACCGGAUACCAGCCUGGCGUACAUGUUGGCCGAUGCCGGGUACGAUGUGUGGAUGGGCAAUGCUCGUGGCAAUCGGUACUCGCGCCGUCAUAGGUUCCGCAGUAACGAAACGCAAACGUUCUGGGACUUUUCCUGGCAUGAGGUCGGCAGUAUCGACAUUCCGAAUAUGAUCGACUACAUUUUGAUCCGCACGGGUCAGCAAUCGCUGCAGUACGUUGGCCAUUCGCAGGGCACUACUGCGUACUGGGUGAUGAUGUCCCAGCAUCCGUACUACAAUCGGCGCGUGAAGAGCAUGCACGCCCUUGCACCGGCCGCUUACAUGCAUAAUACGCGCAGUCCGUAUGUGAUUUUCCUGGCCACGUUCCUGUACACGACGGACUUGAUGCUGCAGAUGAUGGGCACUUGGUGGUUUGAACCAACGAACGAGAUGAACAUCCAGGGUGGUUUGCAGAACUGCCACGAUGGUGCACCGUUCCAGGCCAUGUGCUCGAUUAACACGUUCCUGAUUGCUGGCUUUAACACGGAGGAGGUUAACUCGACGAUGCUGCCGGUCAUCCACGCACACUCACCAGCUGGAGCCUCGACAAUGCAGAUGAUUCACCACGCCCAAACGAUCCGAUCGCGCAUCUUCCGCCAGUAUGAUCACGGAGCGAUGAACAUGAUCCGCUACGGACAGUUGACACCUCCGGUGUACAAUCUGGCCAAUGUGCAGGCACCUACGCUGCUGUACCACAGCACAAACGAUUGGAUGGCCGCACCGGCUGACGUAGAACUGUUGUACCGCGAGCUACCAAACGUGGUGAAACGUUACCUCGUUCCGUUGCCAGCCUUCAACCAUCUUGACUUUGUGUGGGCCAUUAACGUACGCUCACUGCUGUACAAUGAGCUGUUGGCCGAUCUGAAGGCAUACGUGUAA